UUCUUAGUUUUAAGUGUAGAUAGCGUGCUGGUAUAUUUGUGCGGCGACUUGCUACUACGAUCCUUGGGGUCGCCGCUUUACUGUUAUAAUUUUUGUACGUGAGGAUGGAGCCCAACGACUUGUUACAGGAACUUCUAAAUAUAGAGGUUGAGAUUCAAGAUGUUGAAGAUCAAAUAAGGGCAUUGAUUGAAAGACAAGAGCAGUUGCAUGAGAGAAAAUCGGAGCUCAAGGCUAUACUGGAAGCAUGUGAAGAGUCUGGGAACCAGGCCAGUGACGGUGCUCCAAGUGCCGCCGUGGAAAAUUGGUCUGGGCCAUUUGAAUGGGAUUCUGAAGCAGAUGAUGUCAGGCUGAAUAUUUUUGGCAUUUCUACAUAUCGUGCAAAUCAAAGAGAGAUAAUUAAUGCCAUCAUGAGUGGAAGGGAUGUUCUGGUGAUUAUGGCUGCGGUAGGUGGCAAGAGUCUCUGCUACCAGCUUCCUGCUGUUCUCCGUGAUGGAAUUGCUCUUGUUGUCAGUCCUUUGCUUUCUUUAAUUCAGGAUCAGGUUAUGGGUUUGACUGCUCUAGGGAUCCCAGCAUACAUGUUGACCUCAACAACAAGUAAGGAAGAUGAGAAGUUCAUAUACAAGGCUCUGGAUAAGGGUGAGGGAGAUCUUAAAGUAUUGUACGUCACACCAGAAAAGAUAUCAAAGAGCAAGAGAUUUAUGUCGAAACUAGAAAAGUGUCAUCACAUGGGUCGUCUCUCUCUAAUUUCAAUAGAUGAGGCACAUUGCUGUAGCCAAUGGGGUCAUGACUUUAGACCUGACUACAAGAACCUCGGUAUUCUCAAGACUCAAUUUCCUAAUGUUCCAUUAGUUGCUUUGACUGCGACUGCUACUCAUAGAGUCCAAAAGGAUCUGAUGGAAAUGUUGCACAUUCCAAGAUGUGUCAAAUUCGUCAGCACAGUCAACAGACCAAACCUGUUUUAUAUGGUAAAGGAAAAGUCAUCUGUUGGUAAGGCGGUUAUUGAUGAAAUUGCUGGAUUCAUUCAAGAAUCUUAUCCAAAUGAGGAAUCUGGGAUAGUUUAUUGUUUCUCCAGGAAAGAAUGUGAACAGGUUGCAAUGGAAUUAAGGGAGAGGGGAAUUUCAGCAGACUAUUACCAUGCAGAUAUGGAUGUACAUGCUCGGGAAAAAGUGGAGCAAUGGCAAGUUGCAGGUCAUUGUUGGUACGGUGGCAUUUGGCAUGGGAAUCAACAAACCAGAUGUCAGAUUCGUCAUCCAUCACAGCUUGAGCAAAUCAAUGGAAACAUACUACCAGGUUUGAGCCAUCCCUGCUAUAGUUUUUUCAUGUCGCAUUUUUCCCUUGUCAUCAAAUCCUUCCUACAGGAAAGUGGUCGAGCUGGCAGAGAUGGACUCCCAUCUGAAUGUGUUCUCUACUUUAGACCUGGUGAUGUGCCCCGACAGAGUUCAAUGGUUUUCUACGAAAACACAGGACUGCAGAAUUUGUAUGACAUAGUACGAUAUUGUCAGUCCAAAAGAAAAUGUCGCCGCAGUGCCAUUUUCCAGCACUUUGCUGAGCCACCGCAAGACUGCAAUGGGAUGUGUGACAAUUGCGCAUUCCCAAGUGAGGUGAAAGAAGUGGACGUCUCCAGCCAUGCAAAGCUGAUGGUUUCUUUGUUGCAAGAUAUGCAAGAAAAUGAUCAGCGAUUAACAAUGUUACAGUUGGUUGACAAAAUGAAAAUUAAGCAGAAGGAACUAGAUUUUGAGUUGAAGAAAGAGGAAAUGGAGCAGAUCAUCUUGCAGCUUUUGCUAGAGCGGGUUUUGAAAGAAGAAUUUCAGCAUACAGCAUAUUCGACAAAUGCUUAUGUUGCUGUGGGACCAUUGGCCAAGCAAAUAUUGCUAGGAAAGAAGACUGUCAAGAUUGAAAUUCCUAAUGAUCAGAGAACCAAGGCUGGUGUCAGAUCAGUUAAACGUAGCCUUGGUUCCUCUGGUCUGGAGGUAAAGCUUGAUGAGUUGAGGAAAGAAUUGUCUUCCAUUCAUGGAGGAAUACUCCCACACUCUGUUUUAUCCACUCAACAAAUUAGCCUCAUCAGUUCUCAAAAACCAAACUCACUAGAACAGCUAGAGAAGAUAAUUGGAAAACUGAAGACAGAAAAGUAUGGAGAUAGAAUCCUUGCUCAAAUUGAAAUGUAUUCUGAUUUUAAGCCUCCUGAUGAGAAAAAUGAACAAGGCUCCGAAUUUAGAGCUGCAAAGAGGUCCAAGACCAAGAAACCUAUUGUGCUUGUCGAGAGUAGUGAAGAAGAUGGAGCAUGAUAUCAUAAGAUGGAUGGUCUUCUGUGUGUUUUCUACGAGGUUAACAGGGAAAGGAAGCUGAAUGACCAAACAUUGUGGGAAGCUUAGAUUUCAGAAGAUUUACGGAUAAAGUAGGGUAAAAAUAUCGUAGUCCAUGAAAUUCAACUUUUGUUGGGGACAAAUUAUUAAUUGUUUACAUGCUAUUUAUUAAAUUAAAAGGAGAUUUAAUACCAUAUUAAGAUUUUUUGAAAAUUUUCAGUAGUGAAAUACAGGAAAUGAAUACUGAAUUUGAGAACUUAA